AUGGAUGUUAAACAUUUAAGACUUUCAAUCAUUGGUAACAAGGAUGUUAAAUACAAACUUCACAAUGAAGAGUCAUUGAAUGGAUUGAUUCCUUCCAUUGAUGAUGUUGAGUUGUUUGAUAAGUUGAACAUCUUGAAAUUUCUUUUGAAAUUCGAGUCAGUUUCCAGUGACUUGAAUGAUAAGAUAUUGACAUUGAUAGUGGAGAUUGUUGAUAAAUGGAUGGCAGAAUAUCUUGGUGCUGGCACCGAAGACUUCAAAUUCACUACUUAUGAAGGUAAUGGAGAUUAUCGGAAACUUAUUUCACUUUCAAUUGAAAUUCUAGAACUUUUAAAGACUAGAUCUAGUUCGACCUUGAAUGAUCUCCUUGUGUUGUUAUUACUCGAGGAAGAUGAACUAUUAUUGAAACUUCUUGAAGCCAACAUUGAAAUCUCUGAUAUCACCGUCAAACUUAUGAUCAAGAGAUUGAAAUUUGAAAUCCAAAGACAGAACUAUAAAUUAAUAUAUCGACUCAUAGUGAAAUUGAACGAUAACAUCAAUGAAGAUAUGAUAACCCGAUUAGGCAUAACCUUUGAACAACCAUAUAUCAUAGCCUUGAAUAGUAUCAUUGAAAAUAAUGCUAAUGAAGGUAACAAUAUCUUCAAUUUGAAUAUUUUGAACUUUUAUCAGAUCUUCAAUAUCCAAAUCAACUUGAAUAAAUUGAUAGAAUUGAUCAAUUUCAAUUCCAAAUCCAUCAAUUCAUUCAAAAUUAUCAGUUCUAAGAUCUUGAAUGAUGAAUCAAUCAUCACUGAUUUGAAAAAAAUCAAGAUAGAUGUAUUUAUAUUGAAGUACUUGAGUACCUUCAAUAGUGAAUUCAAUUUGAAUCAUUUCUUGACUAUCAAUUUCAAGGAUUUCUUAUUGUUGGUAUCGUUAUUGACUUCUAAUGAUGAAGAAUUCAGGUUGAUUUUUAUCAAUCAGAAAGGUUUCAAUUUCAAGAAAUUAGUACUGUUCUUCUUGAAUACUUAUAAAUCAAUAUUAAAAGGAUUUGUCAAGAUGUUAUGCCAAUCACCUAAAGAUGUUCAGAAAGUUAUUGGACUUAUUGGUGAUGAAAUUUUUACCAAUUGUUUCUAUCUUAUAAGAUCUUUAUCGAGAUCUAUUGAAUUACUUCGUACUUUCUUCAUUGAAUGUGAUCUUAUCGAUAACCUCAUUGAAAUACUUCAAUUGCUAGAACUCAUUAAGUUCAAAGAUACUAAUAAAAUCAUUAUCAUGAAUAUAAUUGCUAAUUUGAUUCUUGAUUUCAGCUCUUUCAGAUACAAUUUGAUCAAUAACGAGUUAUUCUUCAAAGUUAUCAUGAAAAUAUUCAAUCAAAAUCAUAAUAAUGAAAUAAAACUAUCAAUUUUAAUCAUUAUAAAGAAUCUUUUAUACAAUGAAAAUGAAGAUAAUAAGAUAAAUUUGAUCAAUGAAUACUUCCAUAUGGACUUAUUCCUCCCAUUCUUGAAUUACAACACCAUUGAAGAUGAUCAUCAGAUAAAAUUGAAACAGAAGUCCAUUUGUUUCGAUAUAUUAAGAAACUUAUCAUCGAAUUCUAAUCAUUUCAAUAAUUACUUACCCAAAAUAGUAUCUAAAGAAUUGAACAUGUCAUGGGAUAACUUCUUAAUAAGUAACAUAGAGAACGUAGAAUUGUUCGGAGAAUCCAGUUUUGGAGAUAAAGAGAAGUUAAUUCUGAAUGAUGAUUAUGUGAAUCUCGUAUUAUCGAUCAAUUAUAUUGAGAAUCAUUUAUUCUUAUCCAAUGGGAAUAAUCAUUUGAAUGUCAAAAUUUUGAAGAUUUGGCUUGAAUUCCUCAAAGUGAAAUCUACUUCUGUUAACAAUUAUUCCAUCAAAUUAUCCAUAAUCUGGAUCUUAAUCAAUCUCACCUGGAAGAAUUCAUUCCUGAUAAAAUUAUUCGAUACCAUUGAAAAUCUAGAUAACAUGAAUUUUAUACCCCCUGCUAAUACUGAAGGUCAUGUCAAUGAUGAUAAUUACAAUCAAGUCAAGAUAGUUAUGUUAUUAAAAGAGUUAGGGUUCAUUGAUGUAUUGAAACAAUUGGUCAAUAAUGAAGUAGAUGAUUUGGUAGAAAAGAUUAAGACGAUUUUAUUCCAUUUCGAAAACAUUUUGAAUCAUCAUGAAUCAGAUAAAGGAGAAACUGAACCUCAACCCAUUCAACCUGCUAGUGAUAGUGAUUAUAAUACCUCGGAUGAUGAUUAUUGGGUAAGAUAA